AUGAGUCAUUAAACAAAUUAAGACUGGAGUAAAUGGGACUUAAUCCACCCAUAGGUCCUUUAGUCACUUAAGGACAAUAAUUUCAAUAAUCCUACAGAAAUUUAAGCUUAUGUUUUGAAUACCUAUAGAAAUUAUAAUGAUUUUUUAAUCGCAUCCCAAACAGGUUCUGGUAAAACUUUAAGUUUUGGUAUUCCAAUUGUUAGUGAAAUUCUUUAUGACAAGUCUGGUGCAUUUGCUGAAAAAAAAAAGGAUCAAAAGAAAAAGGAAAAGUAUAUUAGAUGCUUAAUUAUUGCACCAACUAGAGAAUUGGUCCUCCAAAUUGAAAAACAUCUCAAUUAAAUCAGUUAAAACUCAAAAGAUCAAAUCAGAAUAGGUAGUAUAGUUGGUGGUAUAUCUAAAGAAAAGCAAAGAAGAAUUCUUAGUUAUGUUCCAGAUAUUUUAAUUGCAACUCCCGGUCGUCUUUGGGAUAUGAUUGAUAAUUAUGAGCAUGAGUGUUUAGAAAAAUUAUACAUGCUUGACUAUUUAGUUUUGGAUGAAGCUGACAGAAUGGUAGAACUAGGUCACUUCGAUGAAUUGGAUAAAAUUCUUGAAAAAGUUUAUAAUAAAGGUGAAAUCGUCGAAAAUAAGGCUGAUAUUUAGAGACUCAAUCAAUUAAUUAAAGAAAAGAAAACUAAAACUAUUUAGCUAAGAACAAAGGCAGAACUUCCUCAAUCUUCUAAAAAUAAAUUAGAUUAAGUCGGUGAAAAUGAAGUCAUGACUUUAUCAGGUGAUGAAGCCAAGAAGUUCUUUGCUUCCCUUAGAAAGAAUAAUUAACUUGAUCAAAAUGAAUUAAAAGGCAUUAAUCUUGAUUUCCUCGAUGAUGAAAACUACAUUAAUUCUACUUAAGACAAAGAAUCAUAGGAAGGAGAAGAAGACGAAGAGGAUUUUGAAGAUGUAGAUGAUGAUGAAGAAGAAGAAGCUGAUGAAGAAGAAGAAGCUGAUGAAGAUGAAGAUGAUGAGGAGGAGGAAGAAGAAGAAGAAGAAGAAGAUGAUUAAGAAGAAUAGAAUGAAAAUGAGUUAGAAAAUUAAGAAGAUGAAGAAAGCGGAAAUGAAAUUGAUGAAGAAGAAGAUGAAGAAAAUGAAGAAGAUUAAGAAAGUGAAAAUGAAAAUUAAGAUGAAUUAAAUGAAGAAGGUGAUCAUAAUGAAAACGAAGAUGAAUUAGAUGAUUAAGAAUUAGAAGGUGAAGAGGAGAAUGAAUAAGAAGGAGAAGAAGAUUUAGAAAACUUAGAAGGUUUAAAUUUAGAGAAACCUAAAAGAAACACUAAACUGAAAGUUUUCUUAGUAAGUGCUACAUUGACUAAGCAGUUUGCUGGUAAUAAACAUAAGGUGAAGGCAUUAUCUAAAAAGGAAAAGAAAAAACUUAAUAAGGAGAAAAAAGAGAAGAAGAAAUCUAAAGAAGAAGAAAAAGAAGAAAAAAUGAUUCCUAAAAUGGAAGCCUUAAUGAAUAAAGUCAAGUUUAGUGGAAAAUACAAAGUAAUUGAUUUGACAUAAACCAUGUUGAUUCCUAAGAAUUUAAAGGAAUGCAAGACAGUUUGUGUAGAAGAAGAUAAAGUUCUCUAUCUUUACCACUACUUAUAACAAAGACCUACUGAAAAUGCUAUUAUUUUCACUAAUUCGAUCUCAUAUGCUAAAAAGAUUGUGCACUUAUUAGAAAUUCUAGGAAUGAAAGUUCUCUGUAUGCACUCUGAAAUGUAACAACGUUAGCGUCUUAAAAAACUUGAUUAGUUUAAGAAUGGACAGUACAGUAUUUUGGUAUCUACUGAUGUUGCUGCUAGAGGUUUAGAUAUUCCUUCUGUUUAAAAUGUAGUUCAUUACUAAGUUCCAUUAGAUAUUGACACAUAUAUCCACAGAAGUGGUAGAACUGCUCGUAUCGGAAAAGCAGGUACUUGCUACACUUUAAUUGGUCCUAAGGAUGGUCAAAGAUUCUAAAAAAUAAUCAAACAAUUAGACAAAGAAUAGGGAAUUUAGAAUAUUGAAAUUAAUCAUACAGAAAGAGAUAAGAUUAGAGUUCUAAUUGACAGUGCUUAACAACUUGAAAAAAGUGAUUUUCUUGUUAGACAAAAGUAAGUUGAGAAGGCUUGGUAUAGUAAAAAUGCAAAAUUAGCAGAAAUAGAAGUUGACGAAGAAAUUAAAAAUGAGUUAAAUAUAAUUAAAGAAGAUUUAUCAAAGAAGAGAGUAGUAAUGAAGCAAGAUAGAGUAGAAUUUAAAAAGAUUAAAGAAGAUAUUAAAUAGAUUCAUAGAAGACCAAACAAUAUGUUCCUUGAGCCAUCUUAAAUUUAAAAAUAUUUAGAAAGAAUAGAACAAUUAAAAGCCAGCAAAAGCAAGAACAAAUCCUAACAAAAAGAAUAAAAUAAGUAGUAAUAACAGUAACAACAGUAACAACCAUAAUAAAAGCAUGGAAAAGGAAACAAAUUCUAAAAAUUCAACAACAAGAAUAAAAAUAAUAAUUAGAAUAAAAAUAAUAACUAACCUGAUAAAUUUAAUAAAAAGAGAAGAAAUUCUUAAAGAUGA